AUGUUGCUUUGUUUACUCCAGAUACACUUUAUCCUGCUGUUCAGUCGGCAGGGGAGAUUAAGGCUUCAGAAAUGGUACACGACGCUACCUGAUAAAGAGAAGAAAAAGAUCAUUCGGGAAAUUGUUCAGAUUAUUUUGUCUCGCAAUCAAAAAACGAGUAGUUUUGUUGACUGGAAAGACCUCAAGCUUGUUUACAAAAGGUACGCUAGUUUGUAUUUCUGCUGUGCAACAGAAGACCAGGAUAACGAGCUCCUGACACUAGAGGUCGUUCAUCGAUACGUAGAGCUUCUGGACAGAUACUUUGGAAACGUGUGCGAGCUGGAUAUUAUCUUCAACUUUGAAAAAGCUUAUUUCAUUCUCGAUGAGUUUAUAAUUGGUGGAGAAGUACAAGAAACUUCAAAGAGGUCUGUGGUGAAAGCCAUAGAAGACUCUGACAUGUUGCAGGAGACAGUGGAAGAGUACAUGAGCAAGCCUGCAUUUUAAUGUUAAAACUACCUGGAGCAAGAGCUGCUGUAUGCACCUGGAAAAUGCACUUCCUGAAAUUGCUUCCUGGUGUGCCAGAUCCUCAGAGAAAUACCCAAACCCCGUAACUUCUUUGUAUAAUGGUGAAGAUGAAGGUCAGCUAAUGUAGCAGAGGGUUUAACAAUUCUGUACGUGCGUUACUCUGCAUCGACGUUUCUCAGGGUUGUUAUUGCCCUUAAUCUAGUUUCUCUUCUCCUUGCUGGACUGAACACUUGUUUUGUAU